ACAGGGAUUCUGUUGUGACGUGGCCACCUUCGACGCUUCUCGGCAGGAAGAACCGAUGCCACAGCUCGGGCGUCAGCGUCGUUAAAUUAAAGAGAAAAACAAAACAAUACUCGCAGACGUAAACAGUAAAGAUGUGUGUUUUGCUGCUGGAAAAGCGCUAAACACACACAGUGUCCACGCGCUCACCGGAAACGGAUAGAGACUCACGGGAGGGCAGGCAGACAGGCUAACUAUUAGCUUAGCACCAAGCUUCGCCGAAACAGUUGCAACAAAUAUCCGCGAGGGAAGGUGACACCUCCCGCCGGGACCCUGGGAACACCUGUUGAGGGGGGCCGACUGCGCCGGUCCUUCUUUACGCGCGUGACACCGCGUGGACACCGGUAAUUCAAUUCCUCUUUGCAUGGGUGGGUGAGCACUGACCAUGAGCGGUGAGCCGGACGCGUUGGCUGUGGUCAACCAGCUCAGGGACCUGGCUGCUGACCCCAUGAAUCGGCAGGCCAUCGUCCAGGACCAGGGCUGUUUACCGGGACUCAUCCUGUUCUUGGACCACCCCAACCCUCAGGUGGUCUACUCCGCCCUGCUGGCGAUCCGAUACCUGGCAGAAUGUCGAGCCAACAGGGAGAAGCUGAGGGGGGAGCUGGGGAUGAUGCUGAGCCUGCAGAACAUCAUGCAGAAAUCCACCACUCCUGGAGAGACCAAACUGCUGGCGUCUGAAAUCUAUGAGCUGCUGCAGGCCGCCAGCGCCGCCGACUCAGAGCCAGCUGGAGCAGCAGUGAGCAGCCGCCGCAAAGCUCAGUUCUUCUUAGGCUCCAGCAACAAGAGAGCAAAGACAGUCGUCCUGCAGAUCGACGGGCUGGAUGACUCAAGCCGCAGGAGUCUGUGUGAAGAGGCGCUGCUUAAAAUCAGAGGAGUCAUUAGCUUCACCUUCCAGAUGGCCGUGAAGAGGUGCAUCGUCCGGAUCCGUUCGGACCUGAAGGCUGAGGCAUUGGGGUCUGCUAUAGCUUCUACCCAGGUGAUGAAGGCUCAGCAGGUGGUGAAGACGGAGAACGGCGACGAGGUUCUGGUCCCGUUUGCAGAGGACGGUUCUGUGGCAGUGGAGCGGAACGAAGACCUGCCGGAAUACCUGCCCGAGGAUGAGAGUCCGUCCCAGGAACCCGACAAGGCCGUGACCCGGAUCGGAUCCAGCCAAGACGGUGCCAGCUGGCUUGGAGCUGCAGCCAAUUUCCUGUCCCGCUCCUUCUACUGGUGACCACUCCCCAGUUACAGGCUCCGCCCCCUUCAGAGCCGAAACCCUUGAAGCUGCCAAAUGUCACAUCAGAACCUAACCAAAUAGAAACUCUCCCUCAGAGUUUGGACCCGGUUCAGUGACACUAACUACACUGCCUUGAUGAACUUUAACAGUCCAGAACCAGGUCAGAACCGCCCUCCUGUCUGUUAUUUAUUGUGUGGGGGUGUGGCUUUGGCCCUCAUGUUUCUAUUGAAAUGAAAACUUUUUAGACUCUUCUUUGGCGCUUUGGGUUCUGCCUGGCCCCCACAUUUAACUGUACUUCAGAACCAGAACUCUGAGAUCCGCUUGGCCACUUUGACCCAGAGAGAGCAUGCCUCCUCCUCGGGUCAACUUCUAAUCUGGUGUACCCUUUGGUUCCUUUCAGUCCCCCCCCACCUUGAAUUGAUGCCUUCAAACUAAACUCCACUGGUGCUUUUUGUUCUGAGUAAAACCAACCCAUUCCCCCUUUCCAGGCCCGCCGGGCCAGACUUCUCUGACUUCAGAAGUUUUAACGGGAACUCUGCAACUUCCUGUCAGACUGAAAAGUCCCACAUGAGGACAACCCCCAAUGAGAGAACUUUGGACCUCAGCAGAUGACACCAGAGACAUUCUCACACCAUCGUCUCUCAGUCCAGGAAGUUUGUGAACCCUCAGCUGAUCUGAAAAUAAUUUGUUGUUCAUGGAGGCAUCUUGCAUGAAGGAUCUGUUGUGCUGCACUGAUAUUAGGUUCUUCGGUUCUGUCCAGUUCUGCCCUGAUGGGAGAGGUAGCAGAACCAAUAUGAACAGAGUUUAAAUCUCAGCCUUGCUUUGUGAUUGUAAAGUUCUGGUGGACCUAUGGGUCAGGGCUGCCCAACCCUGGUUCUGGAGGUCUACCACCCUGCCUGUUUUCCAGCUGCACUUCUUGAUGCUGGUUAUCCCUGAAUCAUGCAUGUUCAGUGUGUUUAGACUAAUCAGCUAACCAACAGCAGGCGGUGCAGAGAGAACUGCAAAACAGUCAAUCUGAAGGACCAGGGCUGGGCCGCCCUUCUUGUGUGUUUCCUGCCGCUGUCACUUCCUGUUCAGCUUUGUCCAAUGAAAACAUCAAAUCAAAUCACCACUGAGUCUCUGUGGUUCUGUGGAAUUUUGAGACCAGACCAGUUGUGACCGUGAAGUCAGAGCUGUUUUUUUUCAUCCUUUGUGGUGUUGUUACUUCCUCAGGUUGGAAUAAAAUCUUUUAUUUUGAUGGCU